AUGGCCUACAACGCGACCGACAACAAGAUGGGUGUGUCUAACUAUGCCGAGCCCCCCACCGUUGGCGACACUCCUGCCCAUGAGAUGUCGGGCGGUGCUGCAGCCAAGCAGGCGGAGACUCCGGUCGUCAACCAGACUGACCAGAAGACCCUGUUCUGUGGAGAGUGCAACAAGGCGUUCAACACCACCACCACGCUGGCCCAGCACAAGGGCGAAGUGCACAUUGGCACCAAAUGCUACUGGAAGGGCUGUGCAUACGUCGCGCCCACGGAGAAGAUGCUGAAUGUGCACUUGCACGGACACAACAUCGUCAACAACACAAUUGCUUCUGGUGGCAAUGCCCUGACGUGCAACUGGCCUGGCUGUGGCGUCUUGUGCACCAAGGCACAGACGGUCCGCCGUCACCUUCGCCGUCACCAGGUUCGUGCCAAGAACUGCGCCGAGGAGGCCGCCAAGAACGCCGCCAACAAAUGA